AUGGAGUUAAAGCGGUGGCUUGAGGAGCUAGUGAAGGUUGAAGAUUCGGACCUGGCGGCUCUGGAGACCGCGCUUUGCGGCGCACAUCCCGGCGGAUUCGCCGCUUACCUGGAGGAGCUUGAGGCGGAGCAGGGCGCAUCGCAGUGCAAUGUGGUGUGGACGUACGGCGCGAUUGCGUAUCGCUGCCGCGACUGCCAGAUCAACGACGCAAGUGCCAUCUGCGUGAAGUGCUUUCAGGAGGGGGACCACCGGAAUCAUGACUAUGUGAUGUACCGCAGUGAGUCAGGAGGUUGCUGCGAUUGCGGCGACCCUUCCUCCUGGAACCCCAAAGGUGCCUGCAAGCGCCACCGCCAUCAGGAGCACUCAACAGACACACCCAAGCCGCUGCCUGGGAAUCUCGGGCAGGUGACAGAAACGGCUGUGGCAGCAGUGGUGGCGCAGCUGGUGCUGCAGGUGGGGAAGGCGGUGAAAUUCCCUCUGCAACCCCCCCGGGACCUGCUCAAGCUCAUUGCGUGGCUCGACAAGCUCCUCCUAGAAACCCUCUCAGCGAUGGCGGAGGAGGUGGUAACACAGGAGGCGACGCUCUUCCUGCUGCUGCUCUACUCGCCCGCCUUCAAGACCGUCUUCUCAGCGCUGCUCAUCCGCCAGUACCCACUCCUCGUGCUCUCCGUGCUCCCAGAUCACAACCCCUCCGCCCGCUUCCUUAAGAUUGAAAAGGCCCUGGACCGAGUGAUGGUACAGCUGUUCAACAUACCCGAGGUCACCAUGCACUGGGUGCUCUCAGGGGAUCUCCUCCACCUCUUCGUCUCUGUCUUCUGCCGAGUUCUACAAGCCGCCAAGUCGCGGACAGGAGUGCUGAAUUGUGAGAGCCCCAUCAUCUGGCCACGAGAAAUAGUGACGCAUAACAAUCUGCAUCCGCUCUACUCCCGUCCUCUCCACGACAUGCGUCUCAUCUUCUCCCACACGCCUGUUGUCAACUACCUCCUCACUCAGCGCCUGGACGUUCUAGCCGACCUGCUGCUCACACUCUCCCUGCUACAGGGCAUGAACCCGUACGUGCGCUAUGAGUAUGGCGACCCCACUGAAGGCACUCGGUGGACCAAAGCCGUCACCCUCGAGAUGCUGGUGAUCGGCCUAAUCGACACCAUCACAGAGCGCUACACCUCCUCCCCCGCCACCCUCCCCACCACCAUCCUCGCCCCGCCUGCUGGGAGCACUGGAGGAGGGGCAGAUGCAUCAGGAGGGGAGGGGCGAGGAGAGGUGGGGGUGGAUGCGGAGCAUGCUUUGCUGAAUGGGGCGCGCAUUGCACUGCAGGCGCUUCUGGCUUGGCUGGUCAAGAAUCAGAUCAAGGCGGAGGACACAGGGUCCAAGACAGUGGCCAUGUCGCUGCACCUGCCCCUGCACCGCAUUCUCUCCCUCUUCUUCGCCUCCCUCGUUCACAUCGCUGCUCAUGCUGCUGCCCCUGCCGCUGCUGGUGGUGAUGGGGGUGAUCCGAGUGGCGGGUCAGGGCCAGCAGCAUCAGUGGCUCACUUGCGGCGGCUGCUGCCACUGAACAUGCGCAGAGAGGUGCUGGCGAUGGCGGAGCACCCACUUCGACUCUUUGCCUGGAUGGCUCAGAUCCGGGCACGCGAAUGGCACUACCAGGGCGAGGAUCUGAGCAAGCUGGAGAGGGUGUAUCGGGGGGGCUACUGGCCCGCUGCCAUGGACCUCGACCUGCUGCUGCUGCAGCUCGUCUCACUCUUUUCCAAUGACUCCCCUGCUGCUCUGCUCGCCUCUGCUGUCAAGCACUUCAGUCUUCAUGACACCUUUAGCAAAACCAUCCAAUGCACUUCUGCCACGUCAUCAACCUCGUCAUCUGCCUCCACUGCUGACUGGACAGCAUCAGAGCUCAGCCGAUUGGCUGAUCUUCUCAAGCUUGUCCUGCUGAUCAUUCGAGACCCUAAGCACACAGGAUUCUCAGAGCUUUCCCAGCAGCUGGGAUCUUCUCUCGCCAGCCUCCCCCAGCUGAGCGCAGUGCUGCAAGAGGUGGCAGAGCACCAUGUGCCGCAGCACCCUCACCUCACUCUCUCAUUCCUCCCGUUGUACCAUGUGCUCUGGACCUUUCCACAGCUCUCUCAACAACUCGGUUCUUCUCUCGCCAGCCUCCCCCAGCUGAGCGCAGUGCUCCAAGAGGUGGCAGAGCACCACGUGCCGCGGCGCCUGCAGCAGCGCGGGUACUUCCAGCUGAAACCCGCCUGCUGGGGCGAGUUUGACCCGCUCUUCCCCCACUACUCACCCUCGGAGCUAGAGGAGGCGCAGCCUUGUCACAUUGUGGUGCGCUGUGCUGUUGCAUGCGCUGCCCACCUGCUCGCCUCACACAACCCAUCCCACAGCACGCAAGCGGAAAACAUUGCUCUGCUUGCUACCCAGCUUGUGACUGUUGCUGCUACUGAUGCCAGGUCCAACCCAAGCUGGCUGUGGAAGGAAGCAAUGGCGCUGGGCGCGCCAGUCUCCUCCUCCCCUUCCCGGCCUCCCGUGUAUCCACCUGGCCCAUCAUCUUCCAAAAAAUCUGGCAGCAGCGGGAGCAGCGGCAGUGGCAACAGCGGUGGUGGUGGGGUUGGGGGCAGUGGAGAGAGCGAGUGGGACUCGGAGCGGCUACAGUCAGUCAGAUCUCGUCCCUCCGCCUCUGCUGCUGAUGAUGAAGACGAUGACGUUGCGUGUGUGAGCUGCUCACCUCGCUGGCUGGAGGGAAUUUCCAGGAACUUCAACAAGUUACGCUCGCAGUCCCCCUCACGCUCCUCUCUAGACCUCUUUCGCUCUUCCUCCUCCCCUUCGCGCCGCUCCUCUCCCUCCCGUCACUCCCUAGACAUUGCAAGAAGCCUGGACGAUGCCGCUACUGCUGCCGCUGCCGUUGCUGCUUCUCCUGCCCCCCCUCCUCCUGCUGCUGCUGGUGUUGGCGAUGCUGCUGCUGCUGCUGCUGCUGAAAUUGCCGGUGCUGAUACUAGUGUUGAUGGUGACUUUGAUGUAGCAGCAACAGCAACAGCAGCAGCAGCAGCAGGAGCAGCAGCAGCAGUUCUGUCGUGCUUGCCAUCUCCCUUGUUAGCUGACGAUGCAGCAGCAGUCAUAUCGUGCCUACCCUUUGGGGGGGAAGCACGGGGAUCAGCAGGUGCUAAGGCAGGUGGCAAGAGCAAGGGGCGGAUUUCGCCCUUUGACUCGCUUCCAAACGUGUUCAUUUCCCUUAAGAGCAUACUGCAGAACACUGACAAUCAUCGUCUCAAGGACGCCAUAGAGCAUGUGAUCUCGUUGCUUAUGACCAGACUCAACCUGCGACCACAUGAAGCACCAGGGGAGGUGAGUGGGAGUGCUCCUUACAGUAAGAUGUGCCUCAAAAAUAUACUCCAUAGAGCAUGUGAUCUCACUGCUUAUGACCAGACUCAACCUGCGACCACAUGA